CUCUCGCGAGAGCUGAAGUGUCGCGAGAAGGGGCAAGGCCGUUCCGAGAGACCAGCGCGCCUCCGGGAUCGCGACCGCCAGCUUGCGGAGGACAGGAGGUCAGCCGUGGUCUCCUGAGGGCCGCGGCCGCAGGUGCCAUGUUCCUGACCGCCCUCCUCCGCCGUAAUCGCAUUCCUGGCAGACAGUGGAUUGGGAAGCACCGGCGGCCGCGGACCGUGUCUUCCCAGGCGAAGCAGAACAUGAUCCGUCGCCUGGAGAUAGAGGCGGAGAACCAUUACUGGCUGAGCAUGCCCUACCUCACCGCGGAGCAGGAGUACGGCCACGCCGCGGGGCGCAGGGCGGCGGCCUUCGAGGCCAUUAAGGCGGCCAGCAUGUCCAAGUUCCCCCCCCACAGAUUUGUGGUAGACCAGCUCGACCAUCUCAAUGUGAGCAAGAAGUGGUCCUGACCCGGAGGCAGUCACAGGGCUGCCACCUCUGGACUGAUUCUGGAACCGAAGGGGGGGAAGAAGGAUCCUUCGGACCAGUCUUCCUGAACAGCAGGCAUGAGUGUAGUGGUCUGCAUGUAGAGUAUCUGGGGCUCCAAACUCUUUAAUAAAACUUCAUAGUUAAGUCUCUGUGACAGUGUUUCCUAUUCCGUCACCCUGAUGGGAAGAGAUUUCCUAAGUCACAGAGGAUCUAGAAUGUAUUCCGGAUGAAAGCUUCAAAAAAAGCUACGAACUAUGGUUUGGAAUCUAUGUUUAAGUAUGAGAUACUUGAUGGGGCCUUACCUUUCUUACGAAGAAUAAUUGCCUAAACAUAAGUGGAAAAAAAGUUUUUUUGGUUAAACAUACUCCUAAAAAUAGCAUUUUCUUCUGGGAUUGCUACUAAAAGAUACUUAAAUGAAGUAAAAGGUAUUCAUCAGAACUGCUACAUGAAGUAUUUUAAAAACAUUUUGAGGUGCCUGAGUGGCCCAGUCCUUAAGCAUUUACCUUCAGCUCAGAUCACGAGCCCAGCAUCCUAGGAUUGAACCCUGGGUCAGGCUCCCUGCUUGUGCUCUCUCCUUUUCUCUGUCAAAUAAAAGCUUAAAAAAAAUAAAAUGUAAAAACCUCUUCUGAGGUACCUGAGUGGCACAGUCAGUUAAGCCCCUCUAACUUGUGGUUUCCCCGGAGGUGGUGAGAUCCAGUCCUGCAUAGGGCUUCAUGCUGGGCGGAAGGGUGUGGGGGCCGGCGCUUCUUAAGAUUCUCUCUCUCUGCCCCUCUCCCUACCUCAAAUAUUUAAAAUUUUUUUAAAAAUUUAAAAAGACCUUUCUGGGAUGUAAUUAAUAACCUUACAGUCCACCAGUUGAAGAUGUUUAUUGUUUCAAAUUACCUUUUAAAGAAUAUUAACCGUCAAGCACUUCAGAGGUGUUACCAAAUAUAGCAAUCCUAUCACCUGGGGCUAUUUCACAUGUGAGGACAUAUUUAAGAAACUUGUCCAAAAUCAUACCCAAUAAGGAGUGUGACUUGGAUUUCAGUUUCUGUGUAGUCUAGAAAUAAUAACUGCUAUGUAUAUAUUUAAUAGAACACUUUCAAAACAGAAGAAAAAUAACUCAGCUGCAUUACCCAGAGAUGAAAUAAUGAAUUUACAUGCAUAAACAGAAUUUAGAGCUAAAAACUCUUAACAUUUAAAGAUCAUGAUGCGGGGUACCUGGAUAGUUCAGUGGGUUAGAGCCUCUGCCUUCGGCUCCGCUCAUGGUCUCAGGGUCCUGGGAUUAAGCCCCAUGUUGGGCUCUUUGCUCGGUGGGGAGCCUGCUGCCCCCUCUCUCUCUGCCUGCCUCUCUGCCUACUUGUGAUCUCUCUCUCUCUGUGUCAAAUAAAUAAAUAAAAUCUUAAAAAAAAAAAAAUAAAGAUCGUGAUGCAUAUUGCCAGUGGCUUUCCAGAAAGACUGUAGAACAGCAAGAUCAUGUAUAAAGUGUGCCAAUCUCAUUUGCCAAUAUUGACUGUUACCUUCAUUAAUAAAUGAUUCGUGAUUUAUA